AUGAAAUCAGUCACAUCAGCGUGUCUUGACGGGACAGACACGCGCAGCAUCCUCACAACAUACCCGGUUAGACUAAACUGCAGAUAUGACAGUAGCAUUUUUCUGACGGUUCCGUGUUCAGUGUUUUGCUGACUUAGGGUCCACGCAGACACGCACAGAAUGAGAGCGAGGCGGGAAUGUUGCUGUGGGAUCCCCUGCUCUCCGCCUCCGGUCUUAAAUUGCCCACGCUCCUGCACAAGCUGCCAUCCCCUCCUCGGAGAACGUGAGAGGAGAGAAAGAGCGAAGGCGGGGGGACUCGUUCAGGAGACUUUUUUUUUAUAAUAGGCUCUAUCUAUGCACAGACAACACACUAUAAACAAGCCUGUGAAUGAGAGCAUGUUCAGUCGGACGCAGACUGUUUCCAGCUCUACUUUACGGACUGUUAUCUCCUGUUUACAGACAUCUGGGGUUAAUCUGAAGUAAACAGUGACCUGCGUGAAUGGCAUCGCCAUGGAAGGACUUCUGUUCCAAAGAGUCAGGGGCCGGCGGAGAAAGAGUCUUUUUGCAUGUGCCGAGCUUGAGGCGCUUUUCCAGCAGUACAACCUGAGACUUGAGCAAACGGCCACGCUCAAAGCGCUGCUUGUGCUCAUUCUGGCCGCGUCCGCGCUUGCACUGGCAGAGCUUCUGUCUGGGGGGGCGAGCCUCACGGUAUCCAAGGGCUCGCACGCGGUCCACUGUGUUGUGUUCGCCUCGCUCUUCAUCGUGGCGAACGUGCGCGAGCUGCAAGCAACUCAGCUUCAGCAGAUUGCCAGGCUCGCGCUGCUCUUCAGCUUUACGUUUGCGCUCCUCUGCUGCCCACUGCCUCUCACGCUCGAGCUGGUUCCAUCUCAAGGAGGGCAGGAGGGCUUAGCUACCCCGGCACCAGAUCAGGGUAUCUGGCAGCUUAUGUUGGUGACUUUCAUAGCUUAUUCGUUGCUUCCCGUGCGCGUGUUGUUCGCGCUCCUGUUCGGGAUAGCUUUGGCACUGGCCCACCUCACCGUGACUGUAUCCUCGGUACCAGGACAGAGACUACUUUGGAGACCGGUUUUGGUGAAUGUGCUUUUGUCGGCUGUGGUGAACCUGAGUUGUGUGUUCGUGCGUGUGCGGACAGAGCACGCUCAGAGAAAGGUCUUCCUGCAAGCCAGAGACUGCAUCCAGCAGAGACUGACACUGGAAGAUGAGAAUGAAAAACAGGAACGCCUCCUCAUGAGUUUGUUGCCAAGAAACGUCGCCAUGGAGAUGAAGGAGGACUUCCUGGCUCCACCUGAUAGAAUCUUCCACAAAAUCUACAUCCAACGCCAUGACAACGUUAGUAUCCUGUUUGCUGAUAUUGUGGGCUUUACAGGACUGGCCUCUCAGUGCACAGCUCAGGAACUGGUUAAACUCCUCAACGAACUCUUUGGCAAAUUUGAUGAGCUUGCAACUGAGAACCACUGCAGGAGGAUUAAGAUUCUGGGGGAUUGCUACUACUGUGUCAGCGGCCUGACCCAGCCAAAAGCUGACCAUGCCCACUGCUGUGUGGAGAUGGGCCUGGACAUGAUUGACACCAUCACGUCGGUUGCCGAGGCAACAGAGGUGGACCUGAACAUGCGUGUGGGCUUGCACACGGGCAGAGUGCUGUGUGGGGUUCUGGGAUUGAAGAAGUGGCAGUAUGAUGUCUGGUCCAAUGAUGUCACUCUGGCCAACGUGAUGGAGGCAGGAGGGCUGCCUGGUAAGGUGCACAUCACCCAGGCCACACUGGAGUGUUUGAAUGGGGAUUACGAGGUGGAGCCGGGGCUUGGUCACGAGAGACAUGCCUACCUCAGCAAGCACGCCAUAGAGACCUUCUUCAUCGUGCCCUCGCACCGCCGCAAGAUUUUCCCGGGGCUAAUCCUGUCGGACAUUAAGCCGGCCAAGCGCAUGCGUUUCAAGACUGUCUGCUGUCUGCUGGUGCAACUCAUGCACUGCAGAAAGAUGUUCAAGGCCGAGAUCCCCUUCUCCAACGUUCUCACCUGUGAUGACGACGAUAAGAGACGAGCCUUGCGUACUGAGAAAGUGCGCAGCCGGACGUCGUUUUCAAUGGGCGUGGUGCAGAACUCUCCAGAAACACGCGUGAACCGAUACAUCAGCCGGCUGAUCGAGGCCCGCGAGACAGACACACACGCACACCUGCACUAUGUCACACUCUCCUAUAAAGACAAGAAGAGAGAGAAAGGAUACCAGAAAGUGUGCGAUGAUCAUUUCAUCAGUGCUGUGGUCCUCUCUCUGAUCCUCUCCGCUCUGUUUGGCCUCAUCUACCUUCUCAUUAUCCCAGGGAGGCUGCUGCUUGUGGUGGUGCUGCUGGUUCUAAGCAUCUGUUUCCACUCGUCCUGCGUCAUGUACCUCCACAUCACAAACAUACAGUGUGCCCCAGGUUGUCUUACUCUGCGCAUUCGCACAGUUCUGUGUGUGUUUCUGGUGCUGCUCACCUACUCCAUGACCCAGAGCUGUGUGGCCACCAGUCUGCCGUGGUCAUGGGAAGACAACUCCAGUGCCUCUAUGGUGAUGGUUGUCGUGGGCAACGCUACACACAUGUGCACUGUGUGUGAGCGUGCUCAGUACGCUCUGCUGUCGUGUGUUUGCGCUCCGCUCAGCAUCACACUCUUCCUGCGCGUGUCAUCGCUUCCCAAGAUGCUCCUGCUCUUGCUCCUUGGCAGUCUCUACCUGGUCAUCAUGGAAACCAGCAGCUACCGCUUUGCCAUUGGUGGUUUGUUGCAGGGCCGUGGCUUUGACUCUCUGUUGGCCAUGCUGCUGUUCUUUGGAGCCCUGGCCCUUCACUGCCGGCAACUGGACCUGAAACUAAGACUGGACUUUCUCUGGGCUACACAGGCAGAGGAAGAGAGGGAUGACAUGGAGAAGGUGAAACUGGACAACAAAAGGAUCCUGUUCAACCUCUUACCUGCUCACGUUGCACAGCACUUCCUGCUUUCCAACCCUCGGAACAUGGACCUGUACUACCAGUCCUAUGCUCAGGUGGGGGUGCUGUUCGCCUCCAUCCCCAACUUCAAUGACUUCUACAUGGAGCUGGAUGGCAACAACAUGGGCGUGGAGUGCCUACGCCUCCUCAAUGAGAUCAUUGCUGACUUCGAUGAGCUGAUGGAGAAAGAAUGCUAUAAGGACAUUGAGAAGAUAAAGACCAUUGGCAGCACAUACAUGGCAGCAGUGGGGCUUGUACCCACCACAGACUCACAGGUGAAGAAAAGCAUCUCAGAUCAUCUGUGCAUGGUGGCUGAUUUCGUCAUGGAGAUGUUUGACGUGCUAGAGGCUAUAAACUACCAGUCCUACAAUGAGUUUGUUCUUCGAGUAGGGAUUAAUGUGGGGCCAGUCGUUGCCGGGGUGAUUGGGGCAAGGCGUCCUCAAUAUGACAUCUGGGGAAACACGGUUAAUGUGGCAAGCAGAAUGGACACCACAGGACUUCCGGGCAAAGUACAGGUGACGGAGGACGUGUUCCGGCUGCUGCAGGGUCACUACGAGUUUAUGUGCCGAGGCAAAGUCACAGUGAAGGGCAAAGGAGAAAUGCUCACCUACUUCCUGGAGGGGCGGGCUCAAAGCUGCAGAGGCGUGGCUCAGCCUAGUUCCCAUGGUGACGAGCACAGGUCCAGCCUGUGUGUGCGGACAGCCAGCAGCUACUCACUAAGAACACACAUGCACACACACACUCACACUGGCAGCACAGCCACCUCCAACAGCGCCAUCCUCUAUCUGCCCUCUGCUGCUGUCUCGGUGGCAAUGGAGGUUUGAUUGACACAAAGACUGGUCUCCAUGGUGACAGAUGUGCAGAUCUCAUUCCGUAACAUGGGAAUGAGAAUGCGAAUGAGAUGAGUGGCAUGAAGACACAGAGCCACACAGAGGGAGAGGAGGAAGAAAUGGCCUUGAUUUGUUAGAGACGUGCGUGGUUGCGUUGUUGCGUGCAUGCACAUCUGCAUGCCUUAGUCCAAACAACACUUGAAUCUUCCGUAUUGAUCUUGCUGUGGUGAAAGUCAAUCCAAGCAGGUGUGACAUAUCAGUCAAACUGAAAUGCUGUAUUUGUGUGUGUGUGUAUGUGUGUGUGUGUGUGUGUGUGUGUGUGUGUGUGUGUGUGUGUGUGUGUGUGUUUGUUUGUGCAUGCAUGCGCAGGUGUAAGUGGAUGUAUGUGUAUGUGACUUUCGAGCGCGGGGCCCUUCUGCUCUAAAGAGGCAGCACAAUCGUGUCAUUUUAGCUAAUUAUUCCAGUGUUGAUGCUUUUUAAAACUUCCAACAUAUCUGAAUAUGACUUUUGAUAACUAUGGAUUUGUGUUGAAUAUGCAUGAAUGGCUACACGUAUGUGGAAGUGUUAAGACUGAGCUGCUUUUGUUAUGUGGGCAGAUACAGUGUAUUUCAGUGGAGUGGUGAGUAUUGGUUUAUGGUGAGGCCUUCAGACUGACAUCUUUGGGAAUCAAAGAACAGAGACAGAGAGAAGCACACACAACCAACAAUACCUUAAUCCACACAAACACCCAUGUCCACUCACAUAGACUCACACACACAUACGCACACACUAACACACAUACAUACAGCAGUGUGUCAGUACAGUCAAAGAUAGCGAGAUGAAAUUAAAUGUGUACAUGUUACAAAGGUGCACUAUGUAGUUUUUGAUAGCAAAAACAAAAAGGUUUCUAGAUGUCUCCUAAUGACAUGCAUGAAAAGGACACAUUUUCCAGCAUCUCUGUGUAUUUUUGUAUUCUAUAUGCCUUCUUUCAGGUGUUUUAGUAUGAUUUAGUCAAAGGCAAGUGUAGCAUGUUAAAACUACCAUUAAUGGCUUAAAAGAGACUACAAAUAUAGCAUGGGCAGGAAACUUGGAAACUCUGUAUACACUAUUAGUUAUAGUGUUAUAUACUAUAACAACAACUACAUAUUGCACCUUUUGGGAAGUGUUAUGUCCCCCAGCCAGACAACCAUGGUAACCGCUGUAAUGCAUGUCACUGGACCAAUGAUUUCUGACAGUUACUAAGGCAACCUGCCAGAGAUGACAUAAUCUGUGGCAUACAGUGGCAUACCUCAUAACCUUAGCUAAAUGAAAGGGAUAUUCAAGUGAGAUAUUCAAAGAAUGCUUAUCUAAUAAGUUUAACAUUCCACAAUCGAUGUAUUUCACCUUGAAUGGUCUUUUUAGCACAUACGUAGAUGUUGACCAUGCUGAUACUUAGCUCAGAGCACUAAGCAAACUGAUUACAUGCCAGAUCAGAACUUAUUUUGUAGAAACUUAACCCUCACAUGAUGUGUCAUUCAAAUUGAAAUGCUAUAUUAACACAUUUCCAAGAUUAAACAUUGAAUUUUCAGGUAGAUGUUAUUGGUAAUAAAGUAUAUUUUUGUCAGUGAAAGUCAUCAACAGUAUUCAUAGCACUCUGAUGUUAACUCUGUUGUUGUUUUGUAUGUGUGUGUGAGAGAGGGAGAGAGAGAGAGUGAGGCAGUGCGUGUGCACGAAAGAUACCCUUGUACCCGUCAUCGGUUUUGCGAUCUAACACUCCUCACUGUUACAGUAAGUGUGUGUGUGUUUAUGUAUGGGUGUGUGUCUCUGUGUGUUUGGCUUUGACGCAGUCACCCAGCGGGACCAAACAUUCUCUGCAUGCUUCCUGCUGACCUUUGACCACCAGAGAGAGAUGAAGGCUUCCUGCUGGGCUUGAAUGUAAAUGCCACCAAAAAAUGACGAUGUUUUUAAAUCCCCAGUGAACACACACCAACGCACAGACAUGCACUCACACACAUUUGUGCCUGACGUGGUGACGCUACCGUCUCCAAUUCAUGUAAACUGACUUUAAAAGCUAAACCAAGACAUGUAAACAAACACAACUUCCCGUCAUACGAGCUGAAGGCUGACGUCCUCUGUUUGCGUGAGUUUGUGUAUGCGCGUGAGUGUGUGUGUAUUCCUGUCAACACAACUUCACACACGUCACUCAUCAGACUCCCUGACAUGGACAUACUUAACUUAUUAUUUCUUAAUCUUGCAUAACACCACUGAAAAAUAAGACAUGCUUUAUUGCAUCAAUGUAUUACAGGUAAUUAUUGCAGUUUUUCUCAAGUAUUUUCAGACCAACAAAAAUACGUUUGUGGGUGACAUCAAGCACCAAAACGACCUUAAAGUAAAGUCUGACACAUUCACUCUUUUCAUUUCGGGGCUGAUGUGAAUUUAAUAAAUCACUUUUAUACCUUGUGUCAAAUCAAAACGCAUUUACAAGAAUGGGAAGACAUUCUUCUAGGCAAAAAUGACAAGAAAAUGUGGUCACGUAAACAAAUGAUUGACUGAGUUGGUCAUGUGAUUGGCUGUGUAGACUGACUGAUAGACAGUAUUAGUUGAUUAAAUAUUUGGUAAUGCCAUGUUUUUUCUGUAGUGUGGCUAUUCAUUAAUUAAACCUACAGAGUAA